UAGCUGUGGAUGGAUUUCUGAAAACAGAUGAAAGGCAAAGACUAGCCAGGGAAAGAAGAGAAGAAAGGGAGAAGUAUCUUGCUGCCAGAGAGCAGCAAAUCUUAGAAAAGGAAAGGAGAGCAAAGCUUCAGUAUGAAAAGCAAAUAGAAGAACGAUGGAGGAAGAUGGAAGAGCAGAGGCAGCGGGAGGAGCAAAAGCGGGCAGCAGUUGAAGAAAAGAGAAGACGGAAGCUUAGAGAAGAGGAGGAACGACUAGAAGCAAUGAUGCGGAGAUCUCUGGAGCGCAGUCAGCAGCUAGAGCAGAAACAGAAGAGAUGGUCGUGGGGAGGAGCGCUGGCCGCAGGCACAGGCGAAAGAGAUGGUGAAUCAGAAAAUACCCCACCCCCUCUAGGUUUAGCUGUCAACAUCCUUCUUCCAGACUCUGUGGCUUCAUCUGCUGCUGCUGAGCCCUCCAAUGCAUGUGACAAACUUUCAGCUUCUACAAUGAAUCUGCCAAAGCAAAUGGAGUCCCCUAUCAAUAAGCGUCUCUCCUCCUCCACAGCAACAAUAACCUAUUCCCCUGACAGAGCUCAUCGCAUGCACCUUAGUCCAAUGGAAAACUUUUUAAUUUCUCGACUGUUGACUCCCACACAAGCUUCUUUAGCCAGAAGCAGAAGUUCAUUAAUUCUUUCUGAGCAAUACAAUGAUUCAGUAUUCCAUAUCUGUCCUCGUGUAGCACCAGCUAGCCCUCUUAAAUCUCCUUACAAGUCUUCCCCCACCCGAAGCUUGGAGAGAAAGAAGGCAGCAUCUGCUUCCACAUCUGAUGCAAUGAAGGGGGCAUCUGCUGCUGAAGCUUCACAGAAUGAGAAGAAAAAGAAAGAGAAACGGUACACUGCAGCUGGCACUUCAUCUGGGUUGGGAUCUCCUCUCAGAAGAUCUGAUUCUCCAGCAUCCAUGUCUAAAAGAUCAGCUUCCCCUGCAACCCCUAAGAUGAUUACAAAGACUUACACUCAGUCUCCUAAUGCUACUAAACAGUAUCCGGCUUCUCCUGUGAAAAACCGUGUCACGUCAAAUUUCAAUCAAGAAACACCUAAGAAAAAAGCAGAAAAGCACAAAGACAGUCAGAGGGAGAAUAUUAACCAAAAAAUCCAAGCAUCUCCAUCUGAAGAGACUAGAAGCCAAACCAUUGCUGAAAAAUGUGUGCCUUCUUCCAAUAGUGAAGGAAAACUAGCAGCAGGAACUACUGAUGCUGAAGAAGCUACAAGAAUUCUAGCAGAGAAAAGACGCCAGGCUCGCCUCCAGAAAGAACAAGAGGAAAAAGAAAGGCAGGAGAAGGAGGAACGUGAAAGGCUGGAGAGAGAAGAAAAUGAAAGAAAAGCAGAACAAGAGAGGAUUCGGUUGGAGCAAGAGGCCCGUAAGAAGGAGGAGGAAAGAAGGCGUGAGGAGGAAGAGGCUAGGAGAAAAGCAGAAGAGGAAGCUAGACAAAGAGCUGAAGAAGAACGUAUAUUAAGAGAAAAACGAGACAAGGAAUUGCAAACUAUGAUUGAGUUACAGAAAGAAGCUGCAGAAACAAAGGCUCGGGAGGCAGCUGAACAUCUGCGUUUGGAAAGGGAACAAAUCAUGCUACAGAUAGAGCAAGAAAGACAGGAGCGAAAGAAGAGAAUAGAUGAAAUAAUGAAAAGGACAAGAAAAAGUGAAACAUCAGAAGUAAAGAAGGAAGACAUAAAACUGGAGGCGCCAAUGAUUCUAAAUAUGGAUAAACAGCCAAAGCCACUUUCCAUUAGUCAACCAGAAGUGAAUGGACUGACAACCUGCAAAGAAGAUAAAGGCCUAGGACGCACUGUGCCUGACUCUUUUCCUCAUGAUGUAUUUUCUAAUGGACUUAAGCCACUUAUGGGCCUUAUUCAACUGGAUGCAAUGGUUGGGAAGUCUAAUAGCAUGGAUGAUUCAACAGAUGAUGUUCAGUCUAUGGAUGUGAGCCCUGCUUCAAAGGAAGAACUCAUUUCCAUCCCUGAGUUUUCACCAUUGAUUGAAAUAAUGCCAGGUGUAUCUUUGGACCAAAAUGGAUCGAAUAAUGACAAGGCUCUUGAAGAUCUACUAGAUUUUACUGGACAGGCCACUUAUCCUAAAAUAUCUAGUGAAAAUCUCAGCAUAGAUGAUUGUAAUAAAAACUUGAUUGAUGGAUUUAAUAGUCCAGGACAGGAGUCAACUUUCAACACCUUAUGUUGACAGACACAUUCCUAUUCAGCAAUAAGAGGAAGUAACUUGGAAGAUAUAAAUGCUCCCGAUGCUGCUGCUGCCAGUAAAAUAAGAGCUUGUAAUUUGAAGAAGCUGCUGCAGCUCUCAACACUGGAUGUCAUCUUAUUCUGCACUGAGUUUACUGUCUUCCCAUGAGUAUUGUCAAACAAUUAACCAUUUUUGGUAGAGUGGAAUUUUCUGUUUGAACUGGAUUCAGGGCACAUUUUGUUUAGGAUAUGAGCUUUAGCUUCUAAGAAAAAUGUGGGCAUAAAAUGUUUGUCUCCUCAGACUCCUCAGCCUGUUCAUUAAUUUAAAAAAUGGUUUUGUCAUGUAACUAUCUGGGUUUUUUUUUUGUUAUGGUUGUUGUAAAUGUAUCAGAAUUAAAGUGUGUUCUGCAUUUGCCAUGCUUCUCUCUUUGAUUUGUUUUUUCUUUUAGGAAAAGGUAAAUUUUUGCUACCAAUUAUUACAGGUGUGUAACUGCAUUUUAUUACAGAGAAGGCAACUGCUGAGAACAAAUGGGCCUUUAUUUCAGAAAGUGAAACAUAAUAUUGCUCCUCCUCAAAACAGAGCAUAUAAAAUUAUUUUUAUUAUUUUCUGUCAUUAAGUUACAUGGCACUGAACGAAACUGAUAAAAGAAAUGAAUAAAAUGAUAUUACAUGGUACUUUAAAGUGUAUUUAAUUUUAAUGGUUUAUGAAAAAAGAUCAAUGUGUUUAAUCAUAUAUAUUAUAUAAUUGUAUCAUGACAAACUGGCUAAUGAUAUGUGAAUGUUUAAGAAACAACAUCUGAUAUUAGUACCAGCUGGUUUUCUUUUUACUAAUUUCCUACAAACUCAGCAACAUAUAAUUAACAGCAAACCAUAUAUACAGGCAACAGGAUAUUAUAAGGCACAACGAAUACUGAAAAUUGUAGUCAUGCAACUUUUAGCCUCUUGCAAACUGUAUAAACAUGUAUUUUAAAAGUUCUUUUUAAGAAUAUAUAGACAUUCUAGUUGCCAAAUGAAAGGUGUGAUCAAGGCCAAAUUAAGAAUGUUUAAGUCACAUUGAACUAAGUGGAACUUAAAAGUGCUUAAUUUGGACUAGAUUGUGCCUAAAGCAUUUCAAGUUUUGGUGAACUCUUAACUUUAUGCUCUGUGCUGCCCACAGGACAAUUUUGUCCCUUUAUUUACACACAGAUACACACAGAAACUCGGUUUAAAACAGAUGAAACUGGAAUCUUUUAUAUGUAGGGAUGUGUUAAAAUGUAAUGUAGCUAUGUUCUUGUGAUUCUAAAAUCAACUAUGGAAAAUUAAAGUAGAUUAUGAACUAUGUGAAAAUAUACAAAAAUGCUUUCAAUAUUUAUGUUGAUGUAUUUCAGCAAAAAUAAUUUCUUGGUAACUGUGCAAUAUGUUGUAGCAUGGUACAGUGUCUUCCAAGUAAAUUCUGCAGUUUUCCUCUUAAACAAUAAAAAAACCCUGAACAAA